AUGACUGUAGGAGAAGUUGGAAAAAAUUUACCAUGGGUAGAGAAAUAUCGUCCCUCGAAAUUAGAAGAUCUUGUGUCUCAUGAUGAUAUUAUUCAAACAAUCAAUCAAUUUAUGAAAGAAAAUCAACUGCCACAUCUGCUGUUUUAUGGUCCACCCGGUACUGGUAAAACAUCUACUAUCCUAGCAUGCGCCAAACAAAUGUAUACUCCACAACAAUUUAAUUCUAUGGUCUUAGAAUUAAAUGCAUCUGAUGACAGAGGAAUAGGCAUUGUGCGAGGUCAGAUUCUAAGUUUUGCAUCAACAAGAACUAUAUUUAAAGCAGGACCAAAACUAAUAAUACUUGAUGAAGCUGAUGCUAUGACAAAUGACGCCCAAAAUGCUUUACGCCGAAAAAAUUUUACUAGUAAUAUAUCCGUAUGUAAUGUUUGGUAUCAGAGUAGUAUAUGUAACCGGUACGUGGGCGGCACGGGGUUGGCCGACAGCACGCAGGGCGCGGCCGUGCUGGCGGCGCAGUGGGCGCGCACGCCGGUGCAGCUGUGCGACGUGGCCGGCGCCGCGCUGCACACCGCCAUGCUGCCUAAUUACUUGUACGCCUCUGAUAUUAUAAUAUAUGUCUACGAUCUUACAAACUUACAAAGUUUCGAUAAUAUAAAUAUAUGGAUAAAGAAAGUGAAAGAAAUUUUCAAGACUGAAGCGAAAAAACCGCUGAUGGCUUUGUUUGGAAAUAAAUCCGAUUUAGAGCACCAACGGGCAGUUAGAUUAUCUUGCGUGCAAAAAUUAGCUGCUGAACAUCUUCUGGACAAUUUUAAAGGAUCUGCCAGGACAGGGGAAAUGAUUGAUGUGACAUUUACGAAAUUAAUUUCACGAGUAUUAGGCAUCAAGAUGCCUUUAGAAAUAACAUCUCAUAAGAAAUUACUAGAAAAUCAAGUAAAACUGGAACAGAUAAGUGAACCACCGACGCCAGAACCUACGAAUCUUAUAAUGAUAAUAGAGAAGUACACGGACAACGUGCGGUUCUGCAUAAUAUGCAACUACCUCGGCAAGAUCAUCCCGGCGCUGCAGUCGCGCUGCACGCGCUUCCGCUUCGCGCCGCUACAGCAGAACCAGAUAGUGCCGCGCUUGAAGGAUAUCGCCGAGAAAGAGAAUGUUAAAAUAUCCGAGGAUGGUAUAAAGGCACUAUUGACACUAUCGGGCGGUGACAUGCGCAAGGUGCUCAACACGCUGCAGAGCACAUGGCUGGCGUACCGUGACGUCACCGAGGACAACGUGUACACAUGCGUGGGACACCCGCUCAGAUCAGACAUUAAUUUCAUACUAAAUUGCCUUCUGAACGAAAACGAUUUCUCUGCUUGUUUUAAAAAAAUCCAAGACCUCAAGAUCGCCAAAGGCUUAGCGCUGGGUGACAUAUUGACUGAAGUACACACUAUAAUACAGAGAGUAAAAUUCCCACCGGGAGUGUUGAUAUCAUUAUUAAUCAAGAUGGCGGACUCAGAGGCGCGCCUCGCUAGCGGCUGCAGUGAACGAAUCGAACUUGCCGCACUUAUUUCCGCCUUUCAAUUAUGCAAGGAUCAAAUCGACAUCGACUCACUUAAUACG